AUGGAGCCGACGGUUUCUGCUUCAAGCAGCGGCACACCUCAGCCUCUCCAGAGACUUCCAACUUCAUCACAGCUAAAUUUGAAUGAGUUAUGUGAACCGGAGAAGUGCGCAUCACACCAGGAGGAGCCUAAAGACCCGGAGAAGAGGCUCGGCAUCGUUGCAGGUUUUCUAUUGGGUCUGGAGGGGCGCAUUCGCCGUGCAACAACAGCGGCAACAGACACUUUAGGUGUAUAUACACUUCCUGCUCUCUUCAUUGGUGGCGGCCUACUGGGAGCGGCAGCAGCGACAAUUUCAUUCAAAUCUCGCAUGCGGGCGUUGCGUGCUGUUUCUCCGCCAGCUGCAGCAGGGCCAGCGAGCGCCGCAGCAGCACGAUGCUCCCCGUCUCAUACUACUGCAGUAAGAGCAGCAGCAAACUCCCCCGCUGCUGCAGCUGCCGCAGCAUCUCCUGCUGCAACAUCUGCAUCUCCAAACCGCGAGCGUCAGGCUGCGUCUGUCAUUGCUGCUGAGCUGUCUAGACACCGCAAGCAGAAGCCCUGGGAAGCAGGGGAAGACGACGAAGAGGAGUUGGGGCCGCAGGCAUUAGGGGGCCCCCGGGGGCCCCCCACUGCAAGAGAGUUGUUUACAGCUAAGGAGCUCGCUACACUAUUCUUGCUACCAGCAGCAACAAUCCUGUCUGUCUUUGCUGGCGUGUGGCUGUUUCUAAAGUGGCAGUGCGGCAUUGCAGACGUGAGCUGA